AUGUUGCCUCCUAAAACAACGAAUGAUGGAUUUCCAACGCCUACCUCACUAUCGCAGUCAGAAACUGAAGAAAUGUUGAUAAAGCACAUUCCAGACGACACAUCGCAAAAGAAACCAACUCUCGACAAAAAGAUGCACAUGUCUUUCCUUGUUCGCAAUUUGGUCCAAGGAUUUCCAGAGAGGUAUAUUAGUCAGGAUGCAAGCCAACCGUGGCUACUGUUCUGGACUGUGCAAGCUUUCAGUGUACUACAGGUUGGACUCGAUCCGGGAAAUAAACAAAGAAUCAUUGAUAAAGUUCUCGCAUGGCAACAUCCUGAUGGUGGAUUUGGUGGGGGACCUGGUCAGGCUGCCCAUCUGCUGCCGACCUACGCUUCCGUAUGUAUAUUGGCAAUCGUCGGACGACCGGGUCCAGGUGGUGGAUGGGAUCAGAUUGACAGAGAAAAGAUGUACAAAUUCUUCAUGUCGCUCAAACUGAAGGAUGGCUCUUUUCUCGUGGCACACCAUUCCGAGGUCGAUGUUCGCGGGAUAUACUGUCUUCUGAUGGUAGCAACCUUUCUGGAUCUUCUUACUCCUGAGUUGGUGGAAGGUACAGCUUCGUUUGUGGCAUCUUGCCAGACUUACGAAGGUGGUUUCGCAUCAUCCUCACACCCAUCGUAUUCUCUCUCUGGGGACGUACUCCCGCCUCCAGCUGCGCGCCCGCCUCUUGGAGAAGCUCACGGUGGAUACACUUUCUGCGCUCUCGCAUCCUGGGUACUUUUGCAGCCUUACCUGGAGCUUUCACAAGAAAAGCCUACAAUCGACGUUUCUAACUUAUUAAGAUGGUUGGUCCACAUGCAAGGAACGUUCAUUGAACUUGGAGGUUUCAAAGGACGGACGAAUAAACUUGUUGACGGGUGUUACUCAUGGUGGUGUGGUGGUUCGUUUGCCCUCCUAGAAGCACUUGGAGUGGGUGGAAUCCAAAAUGCCAAUUCCGACGAGGUUCCAAUUGAUAGUGGAACGGGUGACGGUGUUUGGGAUGAUGUCGAUGAGGGAUUGUACAACCGUAUGGCUCUCCAAGAGUAUAUCAUUUACGCUGGUCAGCAUCCAACAGGUGGAUUGCGCGACAAACCACCCAAAAAUGCGGAUGCAUAUCAUACUCUAUAUUGCUUAUCGGGACUUUCGUCUGCCCAGCAUCACGUCUUCCCUUCGCAUCUAAGAAAAAAGCAAUUUUUGGAUUCCUGGAAAUCAUCAGAUUCCACUAAAGAUGAGCUACGGAAACGAUCGUUCGGCAGUAUUCUUUCCUGGAUUGAAGAAGAGGGUGCAUCUCACAUACUCGGUGGGACAGAAAACCGUUUGAACGCAACGCAUCCUUUGACGAAUCUUACCAUCACUCAUACUGAAGCCAUUACUGCGCAUUUCUACGAACAGGAUGUACCCGCUAAGCAACGAAGUGCUCCUACACCCACCCGUGCAGCAGCCGCCACAGCAUAG